AUGGGCUUUUUGACUGCUCUUUUCGGUGUGACACUUGUUGCUUUGUGUCAAAUCUUUGGAAGUUACCAUGUAAAUGCGGGGAUGUGCUGGCUGCAGCAGAGCCAGGAGCAGCGCUGUGACAUGGUGCUGAUGCGUGGGGUCAGCAGGGAGGAAUGCUGCGCCGGGGGCCGUCUAGACACGGCCUGGUCCAACACCAGUCUGCCCAUCAAUGAGGUCAGCCUGCUGGGCUUCCUGGGAAUCGUGUCCUGCAAACUCUGCAAAGAGACCUGUGAUGGUGUGAAAUGCGGCCCAGGGAAGGUGUGUAAGAUGAUGGUUGGACGUCCUCAGUGUGUGUGUUCUCCUGACUGCACUAACAUCUCCAUAAAGCAUGCUGUGUGUGGGAGCGAUGGGAAGUCCUACCGUGAUGAGUGUGCUCUGCUGAUGGCCCGCUGUAAGGGCCACCCUGAUCUGGAGGUCAUGUACCAGGGAGAAUGCAAAAAGUCGUGCUCCAACGUGGUGUGCCCGGGUACCCACACCUGUGUGACGGACCAGACUAACAGUGCCCACUGUGUCAUGUGCCGCAUGACCCCCUGCCCAAUACCGCUGAAGUCCGAGUUGCCUAUCUGUGGCAAUGACAACAUCACCUACCCGAGCGCCUGCCACCUCCGCAGAGCCACCUGCUUUCUGGGGCGCUCCAUAGGAGUGCGUCACUAUGGCAACUGCUCUAGUGUUCCGAGGAACAGUCUGGAUUUGGAGGGCAGUGAGGAGAAUUCACUCUAG